AUGAAAUCUAAACAUUUACUCGUCGCGCAGAAAAUGUUUUUUGAUUCUUAGUAAUUCAUUUAACAUAAAAUAUCCCUAUAAUUUCUAAGAAAAACGAGUUCAAAUCUCAUGCAAUAGAAAUAUAGUUCAGUUGUUUUUGAAUUAAUCAUGGCCUGUCGAACGAGUGAUAGUGAAUCAAAUUUAUUACAUAAAAUUUACACAAGUGAUCCAAUAGCCUAUAAAAAUUAUGUUAACAAGACAGUAAUAAUUACAACUCAAGAUUUCAAUGUCUAUACUGGCAUUGUUUACACCGUAGAUCCAGUUUCGGAGAGUUUUGUUUUACUGCAACCAAGAGAAAACGCAAAAGAAAUACAAAUGAAGAUCGUUGUGGGAUCAUCAAUUAAAAAUAUUGAAUGUUCAUCUGAUGCUGAUACAGUGCUGCUACCUGAAUUGUUCGUAGCUCCAGAAAUGUAUAAUUUUACACAAGAAGAAAUUAUAAAAAGAAAAGAACUAAUUACUAAGAUAUUAUUAGACAAUCGAUUUCCUGUAACAGAAGAGGAAGGUAUUUUGUGCAUUGAGGAUACUGUGAAAAUAGAACCACCUUACCAACCUGAAAAUUGUAUAUGCUUUAAUAGUAUCAUUUUAAAUAGAAUACAAACUCUUCUAGCUCGCAAUUCCAUAUAAAAAUU